AUAUCAUGUGAUACCGUUCCUCUUUCAGUCGAUUCAAUUAAAAUCAUUUUAUUUCGCUCGAUUCACCAUGCCUUCAGGAUCUUUGCGCAAGAGCACUGCCAGCAACACCAGCGAAAACGAUGUUCGGUUCAAUGCGCCCAGGCCUGCGGUGACGAAUCGACUUGGAAAGAAACGAACCGAGGAGUUGAUCCAGGCCGAUGGAGACACCUGGCAGGAAUAUCUGGCCGUCUGCGAGAAAUGGGUGCCCAAAAAGGGAAACCUCCGAGAAAGAUCUGGGGGGAAGGCGCCGAGUGGUAGAGACAAAAGCGAUUUCUUGGGUCCCAUAUUGAAAAAGGCAUUCAAAUCGUUUAAAAAGGAAAGCAGCAACAGCAACCCCAACCGCGACAAUAACCACGUUUAUAUACGGAGCUAUUUCCUAAACCAGAGGACCGGGACAAAAGUAUGGGACGAACCACCCAGUGGUGCGUCGAGCAUAAUACCUGCCACGGAAGAGAUGCGCCGCAUGGCGGAGAUGCAGCUCGGUGAGCUCUGCCUAUCGAAAAAGGACGACGCUGCCGGUGGACGGCCGGAGAACAACAGCAGCAGCAGCGCURGUUCCSGGAGUGGGAUGAACAUUCGGUACAAGCAAGGAUCGUCCCUAGCGGGUYCUUCCGCGCGCAGCGGUGCCUCAUACAACGACCGGCAGCUCCAGGAGGCAAUCCAAUUGUCUCUAGUGGAGAGCGGGCACAGGGACCGCCUGGUGGACCAAAGCCACGGGGAAUCGGAAGACGAAAUCCUGCGGCGGGCCCUGGAGGAAUCCAGGCUGGAAGCGGCUCGGAUGGAAUCGCGGCGAAAAUCGGAAGGGGAAGGUCCCACAACCAGGGGUCGAAUACAGAGGAAAUCGUCGACAACGGCGAAGCCAUCCCCGUCGUCCCACUCCGGCCACCAGAAACAACCCGCACGGAACCAGCCGAAAUCGCGUCCAUGUGCCACCACAACGAGACAAAAAUCAGAGGGCGGSAGCAGCAAAGGAACAUUUGACCCGUAUGGUGAGAGCCGUAAACCACCCCCCAACAACAAACAACGGGACCGCAGAGAUCGGAAGCAACUUUCAUCAUCAUCAUCCGCAUCGAUGCCUUCUGUGGUUUAGMGCGCAGCAAUGUGCCGAAGGACAAACGCAAAAGAACAUACUACUAACGAACAAUGCGUGGCCUUUCUGCCGGAGAUGACACCAACAGCUAAUGAAAAACAAAUACGGAGUGGAAUGGAUAGUGUGUGUUGCGUUGCGUUGCGUUCGGUGUCUUUCGUUGCCAACGAAUACCGUCUGCGUCAUCGAAAUACCAUCGGCGUGCGAUGUCUAUGUGCCACAAUAGCACAACAUACUCACSAUGGACUACAGCACGCAAUAUAAUAGUUACAGUGCA